AUCCCGAGGAUCAGGAGCGGACAGGUCACUUCUGCUGAGGCUGUCGAACCGGCUGAGGCGCAGGAGCCUGGCGACCUAGAGCGCCGGAAAGGGAGCAUACGUGACAGUACCUCUCCCUGGCAUGUGGCUCCAGCCGCAGGACGCUGACCAAGGGGACCAUCCCGGGGAUCAGGAGUGGAUCGGUUGUCUCCGCUGAGGCGCGGAAACCAGACGAACCGGCUGAGGCGUGAGAGCCUGACGAGGUGUAGGAGUCCAACGAGCCAGCUGAUGCGUGAGAGUCCGACGAACCAACUGAGGCUUGAGAGUCCAAAGAGCCGGCUGAGGACUCCCCGGUAGAUCCUUUACUGACACCCGGACCCAACACCCCAAAAAAAUUCCCUGGUGCUUCCCUUAGGUGAGGCGUUAUUCUCUAACGUGUGCGCUGGGAAGCAAAUUCAGGGAGUGAAUUGAAUAAAUCAACGAAACAUAAUACAAACCCGAAACAAUAACACCGGUGGAAGGAACCAACGGGAUUUACAUACAUAGGGCAUGUAAUCAAGGAGGUGAUGAAGUUCAGGUAUGUGUUAUUAGGUGCUGAUGCGCUUUACGAAGGUGACACGUGUGCGCAAUAAUAAUCAGCAGCCUGGUGACCUAGAGGCUGGAGAGGGAGCACACGUGACAGUCCUGGGGAUAAUAAUCAACUAAUCAUCAAGCGUUGAUUAUUUGAACCUGGGGCCUGUUGCACAAAAGUAGAAUUAAGACAUCCGGGAUAAAUGACUCAGCUGAGCUCAAUGAAGCCAAAACAUGUGCGUCCAGGCUUAAUUGGUUGCACAAAGACCAAGCCAGGAUGAGCAGACACGGAUUCAUUAAGCCAGGUGAAACCAAUCCUGGAUAGGUGCGCGCUCACGGCUCACUCAAAUAGACCCCGCCACAGAUCACAGAUUAACUGAUUUACCAUGGCAACUAGAGCCGCGUACUUUUCCCCGUCGGAAGCACAAAUCCUCAUGGAGGCAUACGAGGAGGUAAAAGAUAUAAUUAAGAAGAAAGGCAACACCGCCACAGUGAUAAAGCAAAGAGAAAAAGCGUGGCAAAGUAUUGCAGACCGCCUGAAUGCAUUAAACAUGAACGGGCCAAAACGGACAUGGCAGCAGGUCAAAAUCAAAUACAAGAACAUUCUGCAGAAUGCAGUGAAAAAGAAUACCCACAGACAAGGCACAGGUGGUGGGUCACAAAAGGCUGACCUUACCCCAGCAGAGGACAUGGCCUUGGAGCUAAAUAAAGGCAGGCCCGUCUUAGAGGGGAUCCCUGGGGGGAAAGAGACGAGCAUAGGUUCCUCCCAAGAUGCCACCCGCUUCAUUCAAGUGUCUGGCAGCACUGUGUUCCUGUUAGAGCCACCAGCACAAGCACCAGACGAUGCUGAUCCAGGUGAAGGCCCCAGUGCAGCAGCAACAGCACAUGAUGGAGACGAUGAUGAGGAGGAGACAAUCUCUCUGGAUUCCAGAAGGCAUGAGGACCCAGAUGCUAUACAGUGGGAAAACCAGCCUGGCAACAUAAGCUCACAAGCUAUCAGAAAGUUGUAUGGCAACCACCUCCGGCGCCAAAUAGAACUGGCAGACAUAGACAUUCAGUACAAGAAGAAAAAGAUGGAAAAUCUUGCACUGGAGUCCGAAAUAAAAAAGAGGACAAUUAGGAAACUGGACCUUGAAAUAAAAAAACUUGAGAGGGAGGUGAGAUAUGCCUUCAAUGUACACUGUAUGCUAACUGUAACACAAAUGUAUUAAUCAUUAUUUUUCUUUCCUCCCCCAGCUCCAAGAAGAUGACACAGCUCAAAAUAAAAAUUAGGUAUAUUCUCGUAAAGUCAAGUGAGCCAUGACAUAUGAGCUCUUAUUGUGAGCACACAGGACGGUGGCAUCUUUCUAAGGUUUUUUUUAUUUUCCCAGCAAUCAGUACAACCAAGUCAUCGUUAUAAGGCAUCGCCCUCUUUUGCCCACCCCCCCAGCACCAGGUGUGGCCACUAGCCUAUAUGAAGGCCCAAAAUUGUGUGUUCCUUUCUGCUCUGACAAUGGCAUGCCCAUUCGUGCGAGAUGUGGUGGAUGAAGAAGCACUUGUGCUGAGGAGAGCCUUCAGGCGAGAAAGGGUCUUCAGGGACCGGUUGGACCCACUGGCCUUCCCUGAUGACCAUCUAUAUGAAAGAUACAGGUUUUCUGCAGAUGGCAUCAGAUGGCAUGCAGACUACUGGGUCCCAGGAUUAAGCACCGCACUGCACGGAGCCAUGCACUGAGUGUGGAGCAAAUGGUUUGUGUGGCCUUGCGCUUUUUUGCUAGUGGAGCCUUCCUGUACUCAGUGGGGAUGCAGAACAGCUGAACAAGGCCACAAUUUGCCGCACAAUAAGGAGUGUGUGUCUGGCUAUCAAAGCAUUAGCAGAUGUCUUCAUCUCCUUCCCUGGCCACAGAAGACUCUGUGACAUCAAAGAGGAGUUCUAUAGGAUUGCAGGUUUCCCCAAUGUCAUUGGUGCAGUGGACUGCACACACAUAAGGAUAAAAGCCCCCUCAGGUGCCCAUGAGGCCGAUUUUGUGAAGAGGAAAUCCUUUCACAGCAUUAAUGUUCAGAUGGUCUGCAAUGCUGACUGUGAUCAGCAAUGUUGUGGCAAAAUGGCCUGGCUCAGUCCAUGACUCCAGAAUCUUUCGGGCCUCUGAAAUCUAUCACAAGGUGAAUUCUCUGGUGUGUUGCUGGGAGACAGGGGGUAUGGCUGCCAGCCUUUUCUCCUGACACCUUUCACAGACCCCCAGGAAGCACAGCAGGCCUACAACCAUGCCCAUGCCAGGACCAGGGCCAGAGUUGAAAUGACCUUUGGCCUCCUGAAGGCACGCUUUCACUGCCUUCACAAAUUAAGGGUCAGCCCUGUUAGGGCAUGUGAUAUUACUGUGGCUUGUGUUGUCCUCCACAAUGUGGCCUGCCUGAGGAAGGAGAGGGCCCCCAGAGUGCCACCAGCCAUGGACUGGGACAAUCGGGCAAUCUUCCCUGAUGACGACAGUGGUCGGCUGCUGAGGGACCAAUAUGUGUUGAAUUAUUUUAGUUAGUAUGUGUGCUUUCAAUUUUGGUUAAAUAUGUCCUGCGGUGGCAGAGGAAUUUGGGUUUUUUUUGGGUUCGUUUUUUGACGAAUUUGGCCUCUUAUGAUGUUUGUGCGGUAUACUGUGUGUAAUACAAGGCUGCAGGGAGGCUACUGCAUCCAUUCAUUUGUCUGUUCAGUUGAUGUGUAUGGAUUUGUCCUGCAUUUAUUUUAGUGUGCAGACAUGCAGGGUGUGUUAUAUACAGACCUUUGAAUGUGUAUGUAUCAUUUUGUAUAAUAUGCUUGGAUUCUGUGCUUUCCAUCUUGUAGAGUCACUGUGACUUCAGUUUCGAAAGGAGCUGAUGGUUUACCUGCUUUGUUUUGUCCUUAUUCAAUAAAGGAACAUAAUGUUACACAUUGUG